GGACGCCCGGGGGACAGAGCUGACGAGCAACGUUCCCGUACGGCCGUGGGAGGACCCUGCCUGAAUUCUGAUCCUUCCCGAAUUCAGUGCAGGGGCUUCGAAGCCUCCUGCCUCGGCUCCAAUCCAGCGACACCCUGCCCAUGUAAAUAUCCGCCUCCUCAGCCGGAUAUCUAGCCCCAGAGCCCCCUCCUCCUCCGGGUCGCGCCUCACUUCCUGUCCCUUCCUUUACCCCUUACCUCCUCUCUCCACCUUCACCCUCCCCUGCCGCCACCAUGGUCGACUGGAACUCGCAGACGGAGCUUAUCCUCGACUCCACCGUCUUCCUCAAGUUCAUGCACGCCCUCUCCGGCCUGUACUUCUGGGAGUUCGUCACCUCGCUCGACUUCGAGUUCGGCUUCUUCACCGGCAAGAAGCGCUUCCACUACCCCGCGGUGUUCUACUUCUUGAACAGAUAUUGCUUGUUGUUCACCAUGAUCGGCAUCUUGAUCGCGCUCGAUACAACGACCGAAAUCAACUGCCAGUCGCUGUACACAUUCAACCAGAUCAUGGGCCAGUCCGCUUCCGGCCUCGCGAGCAUCAACCUGUCGAUCCGCACGAUGGCGCUCUGGUCGCAUCACCGCUGGAUCGUCAUCCCCAUCAUCGUGAUUAUCCUCGGUCACUGGUCGCUCAUCUUGCAGGGUGUCCUCGUCAAGGCCUCGUGGGUUGACGGCCAGGGCUGCCUCGUCACCGGCUCGAACAACACCAUCCUCGCCGCGACGUUCAUCUACUCGAUGUGCUUCGACCUCAUCAUCCUGCUCCUCAGCAUGUACAAGCUCGUCAUCGGCGUCAAGGGCGGCCGCUCGCAGCUCAUGACCCUCCUCUUCAAGGACGGUCUCGUGUACUUCAUCAUUGCGUUCCUGUCCAACCUGCUGGCCACCGUGUUCAUCAUGUUGAACCUCAACGCGAUCAUGAGCGUCAUCUUCAACGUGCCCGCCGCCAUCUUCUCCACGAUCGUGGCCUGCCGCGCUGUCCGCCGACUGACGAACUUCUCCACUCGGGGACCCGAGGUCUUCUCGAGCGGGACUGGGCACAGCUUCCGCGUCGCGCACCCCGCAACGACCGCGAACACGAUCGGGAUCAACGCGGGCAUGCCCACGCGCGGCACGAUCAAGCACAAGUCCGAGCUCUCCAACGGCGUCCACGUCCAGAUGCAGACGUUCACCGUUGCGGACGAGGACCACCUCUCGGACUACAACUCCGAGGGCGACGGCCAGAAGACGAAGGUCGUCGACCCAGAGAUGGGCGACGCCGAGAUCAGCGCCGAGUUCAAGCGGCCGCCAUACUAGAGCACGCGAGACGUGCCACUCCUUUCCCCAGUCCCUCAUUCUACUACACUGGGAACCGCGCUUGCCCUUCGAGGAGGCCAACGAGCCGCCGCGCCGCCUGCGAGCGCGUGCGCGCGCCUUCAUUUUUUGACAGGUAUCCAUUGCAAUACCCCCGCAUCGCAUCGCACCCUACUACCCUACACCACACCGACACAUACCACUUCACAUUACCGCCACCCUGCCCCGUAAAAGUCGACCCCCGGAGGACCCUGGAGAAUUUGGAAGAUACGCCUGCUUGCUGGCUGCUGGCUGCUCGUUCAAUGCUCUGUACAUUUGCUGUGUAUAAAAAAUUCACCCACCCACGGGGCCCACCCACCCACUGUCGCUGCUCCAUAGCUGUCCACUCGUUUUGCACAAACACCUUCGCUCUUUUAGAUUCUGGAACAUAACGGACAUUUUUGGUUGAAGGCAUCUUAGGCUACUACGAUAGGAAUUGUGCACCCGCAGGCAUUAUGGUAUACCCCACCCGUGUAAUCGCAUGAGCACCCACUGCUGUUCUACCC